GAGAAACACUAGUAGAGGCGGCAGCGGCUCAACGGGAUGUCGACUGGCUUCUGCUUCUCUUGCCAGCGCUCUGGAGUUCGGGCAGAAGCCUUCAUCGGGGCCACUCCUCCGCCUGCCUCUCCGGAAUGAGGCCUAAGUUCCCGCACCGGAAAGCCCCCUUUCUCUUCCGAGAGAGCCCAAGAAGAGGCCGAAGCCGAGACGAUGCCUGGGAAGCUGAAGGUGAAAAUCGUGGCCGGGCGCCAUUUACCAGUGAUGGACCGAGCUAGUGACCUGACUGAUGCCUUCGUGGAGGUAAAAUUUGGUAAUACCACCUUUAAAACAGAUGUGUAUCUCAAGUCCCUCAACCCGCAGUGGAACUCAGAGUGGUUUAAAUUUGAGGUGGAUGAUGAAGAUUUACAAGAUGAACCUCUCCAGAUCACAGUUCUUGACCAUGAUACGUAUAGUGCAAAUGAUGCCAUUGGUAAGGUGUACAUUGACAUUGAUCCUUUACUGUACAGUGAGGCUGCAACUGUCAUCUCAGGAUGGUUUCCAAUUUAUGAUACCAUUCACGGUAUCCGUGGGGAAAUCAAUGUAGUUGUCAAAGUAGACCUCUUCAAUGAUUUAAAUCGAUUCAGGCAGUCAUCAUGUGGAGUCAAAUUCUUUUGCACAACAUCUAUUCCAAAGUGCUAUAGAGCUGUAAUAAUUCAUGGAUUUGUAGAAGAACUUGUGGUCAAUGAAGACCCAGAGUAUCAAUGGAUUGAUCGAAUUCGCACGCCAAGGGCAUCAAAUGAGGCCAGACAGAGGCUCAUUUCUUUAAUGUCAGGCGAACUGCAGAGGAAGAUUGGCCUGAAAGUCCUUGAGAUGAGAGGCAAUGCGGUAGUUGGGUACUUGCAGUGCUUUGACCUGGAAGGCGAGUCUGGGUUGGUGGUGCGCGCCAUAGGAACAGCGUGCACGCUGGAUAAAUUAAGUAGCCCAGCGGCGCUCCUUCCUGCCUGCAACUCCCCGUCCAGAGAGAUGAAGGAGAUUCCCUUCAAUGAAGAUCCCAAUCCCAAUACUCACUCAUCAGGACCCUCAACCCCUCUGAAAAACCAAACUUAUUCCUUUUCACCUUCCAAGUCCUACAGUCGACAGUCCUCUUCUUCUGACACAGAUUUGAGUUUGACACCCAAAACUGGUAAGGCACUUCCACUCACCUUUUCUUUUUUUCUUUUAUUUUCCAGAUUUGUUUUUUGUUCUUUAUUAGCUUUCCAUCCAAGCCUUUCUUCCUGUUUUUGGCAUUUAAGUUAAAAGAUAAUGGAAAUACUGAUCAUUUUCAGUGAUUACAAUUAAAAUGUGAAAACUUUGUAUAGUUCAGAAGUUAUUUUGUUUAAAGCAUGACAUUUUGUUGAUUUAAUUAUAGUUUAGAUAUGAAGUCCAGGAUUUAUUUUUGCAUGUAGACAUUUUUCAUUUCAUGCUCCAGUUAAAAGGAAUAACAUCUCAAAGCAUUUGAAUAGAAAGUAACACUAGUAGCUUGCAAUCCAGUUCCUCGUGCAGUAUAAACAUUUUUGAAUUCAUUGUUUCUAUUUUGAAAUUUAAUUCUAAGAUUUUAUUAUGAAAAAAUCUUAAAAAUAGCUGAUAUUGUUAUACUAGAGUAUAUAUAUUUGUUAGCUUAUUAUUUAAAAUGUUUGGUUUUACUAGUUGUAUUCUCUAGGUUAGAAAAUAACAUUUACGCUUUAUUUAUUCUUGCAUAUUUCUCAGUGUAUAAAAUUUAUAAUUUUUCCCUCUCCUAUUUGUAUUUUGCUGAUCUCUCAGUUUUGUGAAUAUGUUUUAUGAUAAAAACUGAUUAAUGAAUCAAAUUAGUUUCUUAUGCCUUAAAAUAAAAUUAGCUUAUUUAAAUCAUCAAGUUAAUAUUCUUAAGAAAAAUAAAAGAUAAAUGAAACAUUUAAAAGUUAAUAGUUUGCAGUUUUUGCAAAUAGCAUGUUUGGGAGUUUCCUUGACAGAUUGAGGAAAACAUUUUGCCUAGUUCAUGUGUUAUUUUUAAUUUGUAAUCUUUAAUAACUUUAUGUUAGACAAGAAAUUUAGAACAUGACCACAGAUUUUAUGAAAAUAAUGAGAAGAAAUCUAAUUCUAGAACCAGUGCUACUUUCACAGUAAAGAUAGAGUGUUUUUAAAAAGCCUGUAGUCAUAAUAUCUGGAGAAGGAAAUAACAACAGACUCUAGUAUUCUUGCCUGGGAAAUACCAUGGGUGGAGGCAGGCACCUGGCAGACUUCAUAGGGUCACAAGAGUUGGACACAGUUUAGUGACUAAACCACCACCACCAGACACAAUAUUAUUUUUUAUAAAUGUAGUCACAAAAUGUAAAGAAGAUAAUUAUUAAUACCUAAUUCUUUGAAAGGCAUUACUUUAUUUUUACAUGUAUAGCUAUGAACAACAACAAAAUAAUGAAAUAAUGUGAUAUUUGAUAGUAAUGAAUGCUGUGGGAUGUGACAUCUUAACCAUAUUGGUGUCAUAAAAACUGAAUCAUUGAAACUGUAGGGAGGUGGGGGUGUUUUGUUUUUUGGUUUUUUUAAAUUUUGUUUUUAAGUAAAGAAUAAGAUUCUGGCUUUGAAAUUCAUAAUAUCAAAACAAUAAGCAUGUAGCAUAACAUUUGAUGAGUAAGUUUUCUAAAUUUUUUGAGACUUUUCCACUGCUUGUUCAUUUUUGU